AAGCAAAUGCACAAGUUUAGAUAAUCUGUUGUCUAGCAGUCAGAACAGUUUUAGGAUGAAUAUUGAAAGUCAUUUUCCAUUCAUUAAUGGUGAGAGCAGAGAGACAUCAUGUUUUUUUACAUUUCAGAUAAUUUUUUUUAUCAAUGGACAAUCCUGCAGAAAACUUUGAAGAUGCCAGUACUGCUGUGGAAGAAUGUCACCCAAUGGAAGGAGUAUUCCACAGCCACCUGGAUGAAAAGGUGCGGCCUUACAUAGACCUGAUUGACUCCCUAAGAGUGAUCGGCAUCGAGAAAGAUCUGGCCUUGCCGGCCAUCGCUGUGAUCGGAGACCAGAGCUCUGGCAAGAGCUCCGUACUGGAGGCCCUGUCUGGGGUGGCACUGCCCAGAGGGAGUGGAAUUGUGACCCGCUGUCCUCUUGAGCUAAAGCUGAGGAAGCUGAGAGGAGGAAUCCACUGGAAGGCCUCCAUCUCCUACGGAGACGAGUUCAUCCAGUUUGAUGACCCAUCACUGGUGGAAGGCUAUGUGGCUGAGGCACAGGACAAGCUGGCUGGAGUAGGGGUGGGAAUCUGUGAUGAGCUGAUCUCUUUGGAGAUCAGUUCUCCUGAUGUGUGUGAUCUCACCCUGAUUGAUCUACCUGGAAUUGCGAGGGUUCCUGUUAAAGGUCAGCCAGAAGACAUUGGAGAUCAGAUAAAACAACUCAUCCUGAAUUUUAUUGGGAAGACUGAAACCAUUAUAUUAGUUGUGGUUCCAUGUAAUGUUGACAUUGCAACAACAGAAGCUUUGAAGAUGGCACAGGAAGUUGAUCCUGAGGGGAAAAGGACUCUGGCAAUCCUGACCAAGCCAGACCUGGUCGACAAAGGGACAGAGAAGAAUGUUCUAGACAUUGUCCGAAACCAAGUGAUCCCUCUCAGCAAGGGCUACAUCAUUGUGAAGUGCCGUGGCCAGAAGCAGAUCAACGACAGGAUCUCCCUAUCUGAUGCCACCAGAAUCGAGAGAGAUUUCUUUAGGCGCCAUGAGUACUUCAGUGGUCUUCUGUAUGAAGAGAAAGCCACUACACAGUGUCUUGCCACAAAACUGACCCAGGACCUCGUUGACCACAUCAAAAAAUCCCUUCCUCUCAUAUCUGAGCAAAUUAAGAAGCAGCUGUGGGACACCAGGAAGGAGCUGAGUCUGUGUGAGAGUGGGCCGCCUCUGGAACCUCACGAGAGGAAGAGCUACCUCAUCGAUACACUAUCGCUGUUCAAUGACAAGAUAAACCGACUGUCCACAGGGGAGCUUGUCAGCGAAGAGAACCUGUUCAUCCUUCUGCGAUCUCAAUUUAAAAAAUGGAAUGAACACCUGGAUUGGACCAAAGAAACAUUUCACAGUACGGUGCAGGAAGUUGUGAUGGCGUACGACCAGAAACACAGAGGCCGUGAGCUGGCAGGGUUUAACAACUACAGCGUGUUUGAGAUGGUCGUCCAGAGGCUGGUGGUGGAGCUCAAGGGGCCAGCCAUGGAGACGAUGAAGAUCAUCCGAGAAAUGGUCCAGCAGCAAUUUACCGAAGUGGCUAAAGCCUCCUUCCCGACUUAUCCUUUUCUUCAGUGCGUUUCAUUGAACAAGAUAGACAACAUACAGUCAACACAGGAGUCCCUGGUGCAGGAGAGGCUCUUGGAACAAUUUGAAAUGGAGCAGCUAGUCUACACACAGGACGGCAUCUACUACAAAAGCCUGAAUGAAUGCAUGGUUGCAGGCGGGGAGAAGGCUUCUGACAGUAACUGUGCAGACUUCGAUAGCAGGUCCAAGUACCCGGCCAUGCUCAGGGCCUACUAUGAGAUUGUUGUCCAGCGGCUGGCUGACCAGGUGCCGAUGCUGAUCCGCUACUUCCUGCUGAAGGAGUCGGGCCGGAUGUUGUGCAGGGAGAUGCUUAACCUGAUGGAUGGAAGUAAUGUAAAUGAGAUCCUGCGCGAGGAGUCGGAAGUCAGCCGCAAGAGGAUCGACAUGCAGAACCGCCUGGAGCGCCUCACGCUGGCCCAGAAAAAGAUCAGCAAUUUCUUCUGAGGCAGAGAAAGAAUGGCACUGCAUUCCCAUGCUUUCAUUUCUAAAAUGUGUGUGUAUAUCUGGACAUGUGCUUAUUUCCUAUACUAGCUUCAAGAUUUAUCAAGUUUGUGCUUAAUGUGAAAAGUUCAGACUGCACAUACAAUUACGCACAUAAAAUUAACAGCUUGUAAGUCACCAAUAUAUUUUAUUAAUUGCUUACUCAAAUAAGAAUGUGGAAUAUGAAACAGAUUUUUCUUAAA